UUUAAAUAAAACUGGCAACGCUGGUAAAAGUUUAAUUGGGGAAUAAUUAUUGCUCCAUUCACUAUUAUCUUCAGUAUUUUGUUGAAUUGUUUUAGUUUUGCUGUUAGCGUGAAUGCUUUAAAAUGAUUGUGACGACCGGUAUCUUCAAACAGUUAUUCUUAGACGUUCUGAGAAGAUCGUAUAACCAACAAAAUGCCACAUUGAAAUACUUUGCUCCUCCUAUUGAAUACAAGAAUAGUGUAAUACCCGAAAGGCCUAAACUGCGGUUCAUGGACAAAGUUCCGGUGUUACCCGCAAAUAUGAAAGCACCUAAAAUGCAAAAAAAGUUAAAAUUUAUGCGAGGUCCUGAAAUGGUUCACAACACGCUCAUACACAAACAGUACGGAAUUGUGGCUACUGGAGGUGGUCGACUACGGUGGGGACAUUUUGAAAUGAUGCGUUUGGGAAUCGGACGUAAGAUGGAUACCAAUCGUAUGUAUGCCGUUUGGAGGGUAGAGGCACCCUGGCAACCGAUUACAAAGAAAGGGCAGGGGCAGCGAAUGGGAGGUGGUAAAUCUGCUAUUGAUCAUUACGUGACUCCGGUUAAAAGUGGCCGUGUAAUCUUGGAAAUUGCCGGAAAGUGUGAAUUUGAAGAAGUCAAACCGUUUCUCGAUAUUGCGUGUCAUAAGUUACCUUUUAAAGCGAUGGUAGUAUCACAUGAAAUGUUGGAAGAGAUGCGUGCUAAAGAAGAGAGAUUGGAACGUGAAAAUUUGAAUCCUUAUACCCUCAAAUAUAUAUUCCAAAACAACUUGGGAGGAUGUCAUAAAUGGCUUUCUCCUGUGGAUCAUAAGUGGUUUGGGAAAUACCUUUAAUUUUUGCUUUUACUGCUAUAAGGUUUAUUGAAUAGUUAGAUUAAUAAAAUAAAAAUCGUCUAGUGAA